AGAUGCCGCCCCGGCCAGCCCAGCACCGGCCACUGACAGACAGCUGAUGCCUGGGAGAGCCGCCGCCUCCUCAGUGACGCCCCGGGCCUGGGCGGUAACAGCAGCCAAUCAGCGCCGGCUGCCCCGGGCUCACUCCGGGAUUCGUGUGCAGCGAGCAGUGGAGGAAGAGCCGGGUGUGAGGUGAGCAACAGCCGGCUGUAGGUGAGGACCGCUCCCUGGGCCUGUGCAGCCAGCGUGAGGAGGAGAGACACCGGGGGCCAGAGGAUGAGUCGGCAUUGACAUGGGCACGUCGCAUCCUGGAGGUUUAGUGCCUUUCCCGUUGCAAUGGCUUCAGAAAUGGAGAAGGCCGACGCCCUCCUCCAGACGUUCAGCGCGGCCUCCGUGGCCUCCAGCUUAGGGCUGGGCAUCUUCUGCUUCUUGGCUGACAGAGUGCAGCAAGCGUCUUUCAUCCAGCAAAAUGACUGGCUGAGAUCCAUGUCUGACAAUGCAAUACACGGGGUGAUUGGCAUGUGGUCGUGGGCCAUCGUCAUCGGCCUAAGGAAGAGGAGUGACUUCUGUGAAGUUCUGCUUGCUGGAUUCCUUGCUAGUGUCAUUGACCUGGACCACUUCUUCCUGGCUGGGUCCUUCUCACUGAAGGCCGCUCUUAACCUACCUCACCGCCCUCCUCUGCACUGUUCCACAAUAAUUCCAGUGGUGGCCGUGGCCCUGAAGUUUCUUAUGCAGCUCCUGAGGCUAAAGGACUCCUGGUGUUUCCUCCCUUGGAUGUUGCUGAUAUCUUGGACUUCUCACCAUGUCCGUGAUGGGGUCCGUCAUGGACUCUGGCUCUACCCAUUCGGAAAGACUGCCCCGCUUCCAUAUUGGCUAUAUGUGGCAAUCACCGCCUCCUUACCGAAUAUAUGUUCCCUUAUCAUGUACCUAACUGGAACGAGGGAAAUAAUGACCAAAAAGCACGGGAUAUACAUUGAUGUCUAAGGAAUGGAAGAGUGGAGCGGUGUAAUUUCUGAUGGCUAUAGGUGGUGGUAUUUAUAUAAUAUAUAAAGUUGUUUCAUAUUUUGUGGGUAUAAAUAUAUAUACUGAGAUAUUUUGACACUCAUUGAGACCAAGUUUAAAUCUAAAUUUCAGCUCUACUUUUGUUGGCAAUAGUAUAUUGAUAUUUAUUUAUUUUUACAUUUCAGUAGACAUACGCAUCUCUUUUCAACGUGAUGUCUGUAUAUAGUGGAUGUGGGUGGCCCUUAUGCGUGGUCAUAGCGCAGACUAUAUCGCUCACAUACAUGGGAGAGUAAACAGUAAUGAUCACUGUAGGAUGGCACCACCAGUCUCUGUAUGGGGGUACUAUGGUGGCAGUAACACAGGCUAAUUACCGCUUUUAACUCCCCAGGUGACAACGUUUGUGAUAAAACCUUUAACUGGUGAUGCUGCCCAUAGCAACCAAUCAGAUUCUAUCUUUUAUCUUCUAGAAGCAGCUAGAUAAAUGUUAAGUAGAAUCUAAUAGGUUGCUAUGAGCAACAUCACCAGUAAUAAAAAAAAACUCCCACCUUAGUAAAUGUACAGAUGGAGCCAUCUUUAGCUUGGCCUUUAAUAGGAUUAAUUGAGCCAGGGCAGUCGGACUUAAUCCCCAGCUGUAAUGACUUAAUCCCCCCUGAUGUACUGUUCUCUCUGUAUUGUAUAGCAGCUGAGAACAAUAGAUAAAAGGUUUAUGCUAAUAAACCAUGGUGUGCCUAGGCGCAGCAGAGAGGCCAAGAUGAGCGAGGCUCCCUCUGUACCCUCUAGAGUUAAGGAGGCCAUUCAUUGCUGUCUAGUUAGCAGCCCUCUAAGGCUUUGUUUAUGGCCACCACAGAGAACAGCUAUAAGACUGUAUUAUAUGGUAUGGUUUUUUUUUUUUUUUAUAUAGCAUUCCAGUGACUGGGACAAUGCUGAAACCCUUGUCUAUAUAUCUGUAAAUACAUGGACUACAGUGCACUAUGUAAUACAUGCUCAUUAGAGAAUGCAACAAACACUUACACAUAGAUGAACCAACCUGGUGGUUUAGACAAUAUUUAUACAGUGCCUCCAUAUCCCGCAGCUCUUUACAGAGAGGUACAGUAUUCAUUCACAUCAGUCCCUGCCUCAGUGAAGCUUAGUCUAUUCUCCCUACCACACAGUACACUAGGGUUAUUUUCAGCAGAAGCCAAUUAACCAACAGGUAAGUUUGGAACAUGAGAGGAGAUAGUCAAACAAGGAGAGAACACACAAACUCCACACAUACAUAGUCCUGGUUUAAACUAAAAGUUGGCAUUGAACCCAUGAGCCCAGUACUGUGGAUAACAGUGCUAACCACUGUGCCACCAUUCAGUUAGGGAAUGUCAUACCUCCCAAUAGACCAAACCAUGUCUCUAAAUUGAGGCUUCUCCCAGAAAUUGUGAAUCCGCACCCUUUUUUGGCUGUGAGUAUCGGGCAUUGUCCUGCCUAAUUAUAGGGCUGCUACUGGAUAUGUUGUAUGUAUUUCAUGAACUUACUGCACCUACACAUAUACGCCCAUUCCCUUUCCCCAUGUAAGAAUAUAUGAUGUAUAUAUUGUGAUACUGUUAUUGAGUGGUUCUACUAGUACAAUAAAAAAAAGAUAAA